AUAUAGUUCAGUUGCAUUACAGAUGCGUUUGUUGAAACAUUUUAAUAUAGAGCAGCUAUUUAUCGUCAUUAGUUAUCAGAUAAAGCUUACAUAAAGAGUGAAGGUCGCCUGACUAGUUGUAAACAUAUAAAACAAUGUGACAAACUCAAUCAAAAAAACAUGGACAUUAAGGACCUAAAACACGCUGAACAACUCCUCAUAAAGACAACCCAAAACCAAGAUAUUAAAGAUCUCAUCGAAACGCAACUAAGCACGUGGGUUUUCCCCGAAUUGAGCGACCGCUUAGCCGUAGCCACAAUUAAAAACUUAUUUUACGACCUGUGCAAGGAAAUUUUUCACGACGAUCAAAGCGACAAUAAAGUCGAAGCAUUACAAUGGUUGGUGUUCGACCAAAUCCACGACAUUUGCUUGACAUACAUUAGAGCCCGGUUUUCCGACCAAGAUAAAGCUUUUUUUGAAAAAUGUAGAACUUUGUUGGGGAUCAACGUGUCAGCGGAGCAGUUCGGAGCCAAUGAAAAUUACAGCAUCCCGCUGUCCGCAGCGAUUGUGGAAUUGUCGGUGCUGGAUAAUUACAAAACCCCUGGUGAAAAAAUGAAUUGUUUGUGUACCACGUACGACUUGGUUUUUGCCGAAAUUAAAACGGCGAUGGUAGCGGUGAUUUCGCAGAAUUCUGAAAAGGAAAAUGAAAUUCCCGUGAUUGACAACAGAGACAUUUUGCCGGUAUUGAUGGUCGUCAUAAUCAAAUCUAAGUUGUCGCACGUUUUUAGUAAUUUAUUUUACGUAAAAUCGUUUUAUCAUACAAUGGACGAUAAUCGCGUAAUCAGGCGCCAGUUUUCAAAUUCCGGUCAAUGCGAACCGUACACGUCGCCGGUUCUGAUUGGCUGGAAUUUGAAAAGUGGCGCCAAUGACCGUUGUUUCAGUGACAUUUUUCGUUCGUUUGAGAAGGCGGUGCACGAAGUGGCCAAAACAGACACACGAGACGUGCAACCAGGGGCUGCUAAAAUGAUACAAAGCAUAGAUCUGGAGGAAUACAUGAAGAUAACUCUGUCUGACGAAGAUCAAUCACGAAGAACUCUAGUGGAUGAAGCCAACCACCGCGCGUUGAAUUUAAUAACGAAAUCUACCGUUGAUCACGACUCUGUUUAAUGCGAUAUUUUCUGUAUGUAACUGUGUAACUAAUAAAACAAUUUUAAAGGAA